GAGGGGACUGAGUGCACCUAAAGCCAGCUUCCCGACUAUAUAAACAGCAAUGGGCUGGAAGAGCAGAGGGAGGUUUUGUUUUUCUGCAGUGUGAAAAGUGCAGGAGGAAGCAGCCAGUCUUCAGUAGGGCAGAUUGCAGGGUUCUGAGCUAUUUAAAGGGAGAUUAACUGGAGAACAUGAGGAACUUCUUCAUGCUCCUGAUUCUCUUCUUCUUCUUCUUCUUCAUCGCCUGUCAUGUGAGCGCGUGGACAAUGAAAAAUGCCACAGAUUUACCGUCCGGACAGAACAUGACCGAUAUGGAGAACCUGGACCAUCAGGUGUCGGGGUCAGCGAUCAAGUCGAGGAGGAAGCGAUAUAUUUCUCAAAGCGACAUGCUGACCAUCGUCGAUUAUCACAAUCAGGUGCGAGCUCGAGUGUUUCCUCCAGCAGCCAACAUGGAGUACAUGGUGUGGGAUGAGUCUCUGGCACGUUCAGCUGAGUCCUGGGCUGCCACCUGUAUCUGGGAUCAUGGACCUCCGUAUCUGCUCAGGUUCCUCGGACAGAAUCUCUCCGUCCGCACGGGCAAUUACCGGUCAGUCCUGCAGUUGGUGAAGCCAUGGUAUGACGAGGUGAAGGAUUACGUCUUCCCAUACCCGCAGGACUGUAACCCCACCUGCCCCAUGCGCUGUUAUGGACCCAUGUGCACUCAUUAUACACAGAUGGUGUGGGGGACCACGAACCGAGUGGGCUGUGCAAUUCAGGUGUGUUACAACAUGGUGGUGUGGGGAUCUGUGUGGAGACAAGCGACCUACCUGGUCUGUGAUUACUCCCCAAAGGGGAACUGGGUGGGGGAGGCACCCUACAAAGUGGGCGUGCCGUGUUCAGCGUGUCCCCCGAGCUACGGAGGAUCGUGUAGGAACAACAUGUGCUUCCCGUCAGUUAACUCCAACUUCAUGUACUGGUUUAAGUGAGCCAGUAAACACACACACACACACAUGCACACACACACACACACAUUUGUAUGGUAAUUUUUGUACAGCAGCAGGAGAUGAUGAAUUUAUCCAAAUUAUAUUUACAUUUCCAGAAAUGGUGCUGAUGUUAUUCUGUAUCUCUGACUUUUUAUAGCCGCAGAUCAUCAUAUUGAUGCUCUGAAUAGUGAAGGUGUGUGUUCCUGUGUGCUCAAGGCUGUGUGUGAUAUAUCUAUACAUUAUAUAGUAACUCCAACAUACAGUGGUUGUGGUUGUUCAACAUCAUGUGGAAUAAACACUGUGUGUGUCUGUGUGUGUGUGUGUGUGUCUGUGUGUGUGUCUGUGUGUGUGUGUGUGAGUGUCUGUGUGUGUGUGUGAGUGUCUGUGCGU